UGCGGAUCCAUCGAACUUCUCUGUUUCUUCUGCCUCCUCAGCCGGCGACACAGAGAAAAGAAGAAGAAGAAGAAGAAGACGUUGGAGAAUCACGCAAGCUUUAGGCCUCUCGCGAUUUCUUCUCCUCUUCGGGUUACGAGUAAAUUUUGGAAAUUCCUGUGGGAUUUAAUCUGCUAUCUACCGGAGCCUGAGAGCUGCGUAGUAGUGAAGCAGAGCAAGUUACAAUUGUUCAUCGUUAGAAUGGGAGCAGAAGAAGUCCCGAGUGUUCCUUUCAGCUCAAAUGCACUGGACAAUGCUGAAUUAAGCGACAGAGAAUCAGUGUAUGCUGUUAGAAAUGCCCUUGAAUCUGUCAAAAGUGGGGAUUCUGACCUUUAUGCUCAGCUUAUUGGACUCAUGUACCUUAAAGAAUAUAAUGAUUCCGAUGCCGUGGCACAGCUUGAGGCACUCUUGAAAGCUCUAUCAGGUUCUGUUGCUUGCAUAGAUGUAGCUCGCCAUCGAGAUCUUCUUUCUUCUAUUUUGAGGAUGAGCUUGUGGGAUCACAAACCUAGUGUCAUGGAUGCAUUGGUUGACCUAGUCAUAUCACUGGCCGCUACUAGUGGGAAGUAUCUGGACCAUUGUUUGAAUAUGCUCAUAAGCAAUUUCAUCCCACCUCCUUUUGUGGUGCAAAAACUUUCGCAACCACGUAUACUCGACAAGAAGCAGGAAGUCCUUUCCCGGGUGCAUGCAGCCCUUCAAAAGAUUUCUUAUCUGGUUCCUCUUGCUCCCUCAAAAUUAGUGCCCAUACUUGCCCAUAAGAUGCCUAAACUAAACGUGAAGAACCAUUUGAUAACAACAACAUAUGUGGACAACUUGUUGAAGUUAGAGAGUAGCUCAAUUGGAAAAGUUGUUGGCAGCGUGAUUCUUAUGGUGGUGAUGGAGAGGUUGCGAGAUUUGGAUUUGGAGAUUGAGUGGGAUGAUAUUCUUCAAGAUGACUCUAGUAAAGGAAUGUUUGAUAUGGAACUUGAAGAUGCAGUUAUGGAGGAAGGAGACGAGUCUCUAAAUCAAAAUACUUCGGAUGGAAACGUAGUCUCUGAGGCGUUGGACAAAUUGAUGGUCCUAUCUUUUGAGCAUCUUGAAUCAUGUCAAGAUUCUGGUCGAUUAGAUGAGGUUUUUGAAAUCCUCUUCAAGUCGUUUGAGAACUUCAUUCUGAACACGUACAAAUCAAAAUUUUCACAGUUCCUGAUGUUCUAUGCGUGCUCAUUAGAUCCUGAAAACUGUGGUGUGAAAUUUGCCAAUAAGCUGAUGAGUGCAGUGGCUUAUCUAGCUAGCUACUUGUCUCGUGGAAAGUUUCUGCCUGCUUCUUUUGUGGCUAGCAUGUUGAAAAGAUUGGUGGACGAGUGUGCGGAUUAUUGCAGAGCAUGCAAUGAUGAUGUUAGGCCUGAAGCAAACCAAGUUUUCUAUUCGGGAUGUCAGGCAAUCUUGUACGUGCUAUGCUUCCGGAUGAGAUCCAUCCUCGGUGUUCCUCACUUUGAAUCACAGCUUCUACCAUUGGAGUCAAUUUUAUCUCACAAACUAAACCCAUUGAUGGUGUGCCUCCCAACUGUAGUUUCCGAGUUCCUUAAACAAGCCAAAGCAGAGGGUCUGUUCAUUGUCUCUGAUGCCUUCAUUUUCGACGACCUACUUGAGUCUGAGAGCUCUCGUGCUUUUGGUGGCUUUGAAAGGCUUGAUACAUUCUUCCCAUUCGAUCCUUGCUUGUUGAAAAUCUCUAACAGGAUAGUUGUGAAACAGCUUGACCGGCGUCGUUUCGGAACACAACUGAGAGAAAUUGAGCUCGCACAACACGCCACGUGUCUUUAUCGGACACGUGAAAGAAUCUACACGACGACAAUGGCGGAAAAGGGCCACAUCCCCGAUAACAACAACGCGAUGAAGAAACCGACGCCGGAGAUCGGAUCCGGUUCAAGCUAUCCGGGUCAUAGAAUGUCGUAUCCUAACCGGCCAGAGUCUGUGAAUCCGGUUCAGGAGGGAGCAUACAGCAAGUGGUACUCACACGCUUGGGGAACCGCGGUUCUCGCCGGCGGCGUCUUCUUCGGACUUGUCUGGAUCAUAAAAGGCUCUAAUCCUCUUCCUUCACUCCAAUCGAGUUCUAAGACUCCUCCUUCUGUGUCUGCGAUGAGGAAAAGCAGCAUGUGGCGCGAGUUGGAAAUUAGUGACAAAUGUUGA